CUUUAGUUAAAGCCAUGCAGUUAGAGCCGAUUAAUCUCUUUCCAUUAACGCCAUUGAUUUUAAGUCUCUCAUAUACUCAUAAUAAUAUAUCCUUUUCUAUUUGGUUGAAAACACCUUCAUCAUCAUGGCUUUUAUCUUGACAAAAAUCUCAGUUUGGCUGGUUUUUUCCCUUCUUGUUGGUUCUUUUGUGGUUGGUACUUCAGGUAGUGAUUUCAACAAAGAUUUUCAGAUAAUUUGGGGUGAUGGACGAGCUAAGAUACUCAACAAUGGGGAGCUUCUUAGUCUGAAUCUUGACAAGGCCUCUGGCUCUGGAUUUCAGUCGAAGAAUGAGUACCUCUUUGGCCAAAUUGAUAUGCAACUCAAGCUUGUUCCUGGCAACUCUGCUGGAACUGUCACAGCUUAUUAUUUGUCAUCAAAAGGGUUAACUUGGGAUGAGAUAGACUUUGAGUUCUUGGGAAAUCUGAGUGGUGAUCCCUACACUCUCCAUACAAAUGUAUUUAGUCAAGGCAAAGGGAAUAGAGAACAACAGUUCAAGUUUUGGUUUGACCCAACUGCCGAUUUCCACACAUAUUCCAUUCUUUGGAACCCUUUGAACAUAAUCUUAUCUGUGGAUGGUAUCCCAAUUAGAAAGUUCAAGAACUUGGAAUCAAAAGGUGUUCCUUACCUAAAGUACCAGCCAAUGAGAUUAUACUCAAGUCUUUGGAAUGCUGAUGAUUGGGCCACAAGGGGUGGUUUGGUGAAGACAGAUUGGAGUAAGGCUCCUUUCACAGCCUCCUAUAGGAAUUUCAAAGCCAAUAAUGCUUGUGUUUGGUCCUCUGGUUCAUCUUCUUGUGCCUCUAAUCCUCAACCAUCCAAUCCAUGGCUCAACCAAGAAAUUGAUCCAAAUGGAGAGAAGAAGCUGAAAUGGGUGCGAAAGAACUACAUGAUUUAUAACUAUUGUACCGAUGCUAAGAGGUUUCCCCAAGGCUUUCCUCCAGAGUGUAACAUGCUCUGAAAAAGUUGAUACAACUGAACUGAUGGGAUUAAUAUCUUAAUGUACCUAACUAGAAUUGUGUUCACGCCCGAAUUUUAAGUCGUGGUAGAUAAUAUAGUAUAGGUUGUCAGAUAUUCUCAAAAGAGUAAUGAAACGUGCACUCAAAUAUUAUACGCAGUGACACAAAAAUUAUUAAAAUUGGGACCCACUGUUUUAAAAAGCAGUGACACGUCACUGUGUGUAAUGUUUGAGCGCACACAUAUCAUUACGCUUCUCAAAAAAUAAUAUUUUAUAAAUAAUAUAUAUAAACUUAGUGAAA